AUGCAGAUGGGCAAACACACCUUCUCGGUCCAGCUUUUACAUCACUUGCUGAUGCUUCAGUUGAAAACAAAGAGGAAAAAGGAGUUGUGGUGGACCUUUUCUGGGAAGCCUAUAAGGUAUGCAAUUGAAGACUUUGCUCUAGUAACUGGUUUGAAUUGCGAACCAGGAAACCAAACAGCUCUAGUUGCCGGUAACAGAAAAGAGAAGAGAAAAAGAGUGAGCGAGAAUGAAAAUGAGGGUGAGAUUUGGAGAUCGUUGUUUUCAGAGGCGGAGAACCCCACACCGAAGUUGAUUGGAAGGAAGCUAGAAGACAGAGAAUACAGAGACCCUCUGAAAGUGUUUAGGCUAGCGCUUAUACUACUUAUUGAAGGGAUACUUUGUCCAACUAGUGAUGCGACUCCUGUCAGGCGCGAGAUUGUAGAGAUGGUUGGUGAUGUUGAGAAGUUUAUGCAGCACCCUUGGGGACGUGAAUCUUUUCAAUUUACCGUUAAAAGAGUAAAGAAAAAGCUUGUUCCUUACCAUUAUGUUGCAGAGUCAUCAGUUGCAGUGCAAGGGUUCGCUCAUGCCAUGGUCCUUGUAACCGUCUGCAGCUGUCCAGCGAUAUUAGGUCAUCAGUUAUCACCAGAAGACACAUUACAGAGUGUUCUGGGUAAGAAGUUUGUCAUCGAUGUCGACGCUGCAAAGACACUUGAUAAGGGAGGACAAGCAAAGGUGAAGGCGCUGCUAGUUGAGGACCAAUGGGAGGAUUCACUCAGGUUCAAGGACAAGCCAGAUCUUUCCGUGGAUUACAUGCUUGCUUCAAUAGCAGAGGACUACCCAUUUGAACCCCACACAUGGACUGGUGGGGUCACUGUAGAGGAGGCAUUACAGUCACCGCCUCCUCCGAAGGGUGCGAUGGAUGCCGAAUCAUCAGCGAGUGAUGCCGAAUCAUCAGGGAAUGCCGACAGAAUUGAUGAAACGAUGAUUGAUGAAAGUUUAGAUGAUGUCAGUGAUCCUGUAAGAGGUGUAGAGAAUCUCAAUGAUCCUGUAAGAGGUGUAGAGGAUCUCAAUGAUCCUGUAAGAGGUUUAGAGGAUUCCACUGAUCCUGUAAGAGGUUUGGAUGCUGAUGAACCAGUUAGGAGACGACAGAAGACCAAUAAGAACUUUGAAGAAACUUUUGAGAAAGAGCUUAAAGAACUGAAGGACCAAAUAAGGGACCAGAAUGACGAGAUGAGAGACAUAAGGGACGAGAUAAGGGACCAGAUGAGGGACCAGAUGAGGGACCAGAAUGAGGAGAUGAGAGACAAGAUAAGGGACGAGAUAAGGGACCAGAUGAGGGACCAGAAUGAGGAGAUGAGGAACAAGAUAAGGGACGAGAUAAGGGACCAGAUGAGGGAACUCAGGGAGGAGAUAAUAAAGGACCUGAAGGGCAGAUAUGGUGAUAAUGAAACAGAGAACUGGUCGAUACAACCUGAUAUGGAGACUGGUGCGGCAUCAAACCUGGAUCCUUUACAAGAUGCUGCUGUUCCUCUUCCUCCAACCGAGACCUUGAACGAAUCUUUGGAGAAGGAGGUUAAAGAACUGAAGGACCGGAUAAAGGAACAGAAUGACAAGAUAAGGGACCAGGAAGAGGAGAUAAGGGAGCUGAAGAAACAGACAAAGAAACGCAAAUUUGAUGGAGGUAGUGGAGACAGAGAAGCUCCCGCCACGAGUUUGGUUGAUCCUUGGGGAAAAUCCACUGUGGACGGCUUAAUUGAAAAGAUAAAACCCCAGCUUGAGAAAUAUCAUGUAAGGCAAAUGGAAAAUCAUGAUAUUUCCCAUGAUUCAACCAUAGAGGGAAGGGAGAUUAUCCACAGAGUUAAUUUUGCUUAA